UUUUAAUUCAAUCAUGUCUACCCAAGAACGCACCUAUAUCAUGAUCAAGCCGGAUGGCGUGCAGCGCAACCUGAUCGGCAAGAUCAUCGCGCGAUUUGAGGAGCGUGGAUACAAGCUUAUUGCCCUCAAGCUCGUCCACGCUACGCCUGAGCAUCUUGAGAAACAUUAUGCCGACCUCAAGGGCAAGGCGUUCUUCCCUGGUCUCAUCAAGUAUAUGGCCUCUGGGCCCGUUGUUGCUAUGGUGUGGCAGGGUCUGGAUGCUGUCAAGACUGGCCGUGUCAUGCUUGGUGCUACCAACCCCUUGCAGUCCCCAGUCGGUUCCAUUCGUGGUGACUAUUGUCUUGCCGUUGGCCGUAACAUCUGCCAUGGAUCCGACUCUGUUGAGAGUGCCGAAAAAGAAAUUGCUCUCUGGUUCCCUGAGGGCGUUGUUCAAUACACCCAUAUCCAGGAGCCUUGGGUCCUCGAAGACAACUAGAAUAACCUGUUUAUUAGACGUUCUGGGAUUCAUCAUAGCUAGUUAACAAAAUAACAGGAUUUAACGGACAACAUUCAAGUGAACCAUUCAUUUUACCAAGCGUGGUGACCACCAUCGACAAGAAU